AUGCAGUUCACCACCAUCCUCGCCGCAACCCUCUUCGCCAUCUCCACCUCGGCAGCAACCCUCGCCGCGCGCGCCCCCAUCCAACCCAGCGUCGCAACCUUCAGCCACUCGAAGCGCGCCUUGGAACUCACUGCUGAGAUCGCCGCCAUGGAGAAGCGAGGCCAGUCUGCUGCUUGUACCAUCUGCACUUUUGGAUGCGGUACUGGUGGAGAUCUCGAGGCGUGCGAUUGCUGUGCUGAUGGUGGUGCUUGUAUUGAUGAUGGAAGCUGCAACAUCUAA